AUGUGGUUGAUGUUAGUGAUGUUGCUCGGUCUGCUCCCCUCCACCUCCUACACCCAAAUGUGCUACUCGUGCUCGGGCAUUUGCCAUUCAGAGCCCUGUAAUUGCCAGACAGGCCAAUGUGCCGCGGAACAUUGUUUUAUCGAGCGGAAACCGACGGAAACGAGAGGGGUUUAUAGGAUAACCAAGGGAUGUGUGGAAAGCCCUUCUCGAACGCAGGCAAAUUGCGACUACGAUCAUUUUGCCGAUCAUUUGCAGUGUAUUUGCCACGGCAAAUUCUGCAACGACCAUAUCUUCCUCCUCUCCCACAAUCUACAAUACCGCAAAAAUUUGACAUGCCGAAAAUGUUCGGAACGAGACCCAGAUUGCAGCGAAACCUGCCAAGGACAUUGGUGCCAUGAGGAUUCCACCACCGGAGCAUCUGGCUGUGGCUACGGACCUCCGUCCCUUCCAUUCUUUUUUAAAGGCCCAGAACUCUUCUUUCACACCAGCAAACUUUGUAUAACGAUGAGUCGAGGUUCCGGUGUCCCGCGACGGCAUUGUAUUUGCAAUAGAAAUUAUUGCAAUCAAGUACGACAGGCAUAUCGUAAUACCCAAACUACCUCAGUUAUGCCCGAUCUCCCACUCCGCCAAUGUUUCAAUUGCGAAUUAACAACGCAAGAUUCUGCCGUGACAGCUUCUUGCAAACAGAAUCGAUGUAGAGGGCACUACUGCACUUUUGCACGUCAUCAACAUAUACUCCCUGGAGGGCAACCAAUCACUUCUGAAAAGCAAGGAUGUCUUAAUGUAUCACAUAGUGAUCAGAUACACCUCGGCUGCUCAAAAAAAUGGCUUCAAGGGGCAUACGUCGAGGAAUCGUGUGCCUGCAACAAUUCCGAUCUAUGCAAUCGUGACUCUUUCACUGCUUCAUCCAAUUAUCAGCAUUUUUAUCUCGCCAUAUCACUUCUGGUCUUCUAUUACUACCAUAAAAUC